AUGAUCAAGGAGACCGGCUCAAUUAAUUUAUCAAGUCCGACCGGUCGUCCACGUGUUAUUCGUAGCAAAACAAUGAUUCAAAAAGUGAAAAACUGGUUAAAGAGAAAAAAACGAGUAUCAUCUCGAAAAUUAGCAAGUGAUUUAGAUAUCUCUGAACGAUCGAUCCGACGUAUACUGAAAAAUGAUCUGGGUCUUCGACCAUACAAGAAACGGAUUGAAUCAUUACUUACAAAUAUGCACAAGGCCAAAAGAAUUACGUUUGCCAAUAAGAUACGUCAUAACUUCCAAAAGGAGCAAACAAUGAAAAUUCUUUUUUCAAAGGAAAAGAUGUUUGAUUUAAAUGGUAUGUACAAUGCUGAAAAUGAUAGAAUAUGGGCAAUUAAUCGUGCUGCAACUGAUGCUAAAAGUGGUAUUAAGCAACAGCAACAGUUUCCACAGAAAGUGAUGGUUUGGUUAGAUGUUUGUUUCAAGAGUGUAUCACCAAUGGUUAUUUUUGAAGAAGGAACUUUAGAUCAUGAACGUUAUAUUAAGGAAAUCUUACCAGUGGCUAAAACGUAA